UGAACCUUAAAAGUUGACUGCUCCUAGCUAAAGCAUCAGUGCAGAUACAGAGAAAGGGGAGCGAAGAUGAAAGCGUUAGGAUGGUGGUUGAUGCUGGUCGGUUCCCUUCGAUUAGCCUCCGUCUGGUUCGGCUUCUUCGAUAUCUGGGCUCUCCGUCUCGCCGUUUUCUCCAAGACUGCCAUGACUGAUGUUCAUGGGAGGACAUUUGGAGUUUGGACACUUUUAACUUGCACGCUAUGCUUUCUUUGUGCAUUUAAUUUGGAAAAUAAGCCACUAUAUUUGGCCACCUUUUUGUCAUUCAUCUAUGCUUUUGCUCACUUUUUGACUGAAUACCUCUUCUAUCACACAAUGGCCAUUGGAAAUCUGACAACUGUUGGCAUCUUUGCAGGCACAUCAAUCGUAUGGAUGUUGUUACAGUGGAAUGCACAUGAGCCGCGGCAUGUCAAAAAUUCAUGAAAACGGAAUUCAGUUGCUCUGCAGACAAGGCGGGAUCUUCUCAUUUCAUUUUUUCAAUUGACAUUCACCGUUAGGUGUUUACUUUUGAGCCUUGAGGGCCUUUUGCCAAGUGAACUGAAUGUAACAAUGUUGUAAGGAUUGAUUUAGUUUGAUUACAGAUCAACGCUUGGAGACAUGUCUCUAAACUUCCACGUAUUAUGUUUUUUUUUUUUUUUAACGAUAUUUGGAGGCUUUUAUGGUCUCUGGCUUUGGACUGUCGACGGUAGGAGUCUUGAGUUUCAUCAUGUGGGGAUUGCAAAACUUGGACCAGUUAUCCAACUU